GAGAUUCUGGUUGAUGAAGAAUCUGCUCUCUUUCGGGAAUGGACUCUCAGUAUAGCCAGUUUGGAUCAUCUGAUAACAGCCCUGUUAGCUCUGUCCACACAGAGUACAGGACGUCUGCACAGACAGGCAUGACAAAGAUAGUGGCAUAUGUCCUCUAUGGAGUCCUGGUGUUGCUGCUGAUAAUUCUUCUGCUGGUCACUGGAGUGAAAUUCUCCCAGUUAAACAAGGAAGUCACUGAUGUCAAACUCAGCCUGGAGAGAAUCAGCAAUGAAAGACAUUCAUCGUCCAGUUCAGGUGCAACAGUGCAUGUCCCCUUGGAGAAAAUUGUCCCAGCUCCAGGAACAUGUCAGGUGGGAUGGGUGUCUUUCCAGAGGAGCUGCUAUCUGCUGUCCACCACUGGCCUGACCUGGCACAGAGCGGAGGCGCAGUGCAUAACAUACGGAGGACACCUGCUGGUUCUGAACACUGUGGAGGAACUGGACUUCAUUUCAAAAAUAGUUGAAAUCACACACAACUACUGGAUUGGACUUGUAGAGCGAACGCACGAGGGACACUGGAGCUGGGUGGAUGGAACUGACUUUAGUACAACCCCAAAUUACUGGGACAUCGGUCAGCCUGACAACUGGGACUACAGAGAGAAUGGCGAGGACUGUGGGCAGAUUCAUGGCUUUGACAGACGCAUACGCAAGUUGUUAAAUGAUGCUGACUGCGGCCUGCAGUACAGAUACAUCUGUGAAGCCAAGGUGUGAGAGAACCUAAACCUUGGCUAUUAUGAUAGACCUGAUGUAUUUGAAAUAAUGGGUCAAAUUAAAACUGACGGAAAUGAUUUAUUUGGUAACAACUGAUUCAUUUUGAGAGUCAAAAAAAAAAGGAACAUAAGUUGCAUUUACAGUACAUGUGUGAGGCUUUUGUUGUAUACAUAAUAAAUCGACGUAUACAGUGAAACCUGUUGAUUUUCAAUAAAGAAAUUCUUCUGUGA